AUGUCUUCAACUGCUUCUAAGCCCGGUCGUGCUGCUGUAUGGAAGCUUCUUCCACCGGCCAGUAACCACCCUGCUGAAUCUACCAUCAUUCCUGAUGAUGGAAGCAAGGGCAGCCAGGAGUCAAUCAUUGGAGAAGACCAGCGUGCCCUGGUCGACUUCAGUGACCUCCAAGAAGGAGGGAAAUACCGCUCUAUUGUCAAGAUCCAGGCUCGCUUUGAAGGCAAAGGUAAGCCAGUCUGGAUGAUGGGCACUGGUUGGCUCAUCCGCCCUGACAUUUUGGUCACCGCUGGUCAUGUUGUCUACGACUGGGGUCGACACUAUGGAGCCGCGACCCAGAUCCGAUGCUAUAUCGGUUAUAACGGUCGUGCUUCGGUCAAGACCGCCCAGGUUCAGGUUCGUCACGGUGUCAAUGUCGUUACCACGUCCGAGUGGAUUGAGGCUGCCAACAACCGUACCCGUGACGUCGCCUUUGUUCAGCUUGAUCGAGCCUUCACAGGCAACCUGAGGACUUUCAACUUCGUCAACACCCCGAUGUCAGGCCAUAAGACCCUGUUGGGUGUUGUUGGUUAUCCUGGCGAUAAGAGCCUCAGAGAUAUCGAGACUGGAGACGAGGAGAAUGGCGCUCAAAUGUACGAAGAAUAUGCCAAGAAUGACUACGACAUUGAAGCAAGCCCUCGCCAUAUGGUUGAGUAUUCGAUCUCGACUUUUGGAGGCCAACUUAUGGGUCCAACACGGCAAGUGGCUGGGGAAGAGGGUAUCUUCGACUGGCUUGGCCCUGUCCUCAAGACUGCAGUCAAUGUGGCCAAGCCCAUCGCUACUCAGGCCAUCGGAAGCCUGAUCAAAGGCGCACUCGGAGCCGAGUCUACCGUUUCCGAGGUCUCCAGCGAGCACGAGAAAGCUACCAAGAUUCUCCUACAGCGCGCUGUUAUGGCUGAUACAGCUCUGCAGGCUUUGAUGACUAUGCCUUCGCAUAAGUUACAGCAACUGAAGCCCAUUAAUGCCGACACAGGUGAUACCGAAGGCAUUUUUGACUUCAUCAAGGAUACAGUGCAGAAGCUGGGCCCUAUGGCUCUCGAUACCGCCAAACAAGCGGCGAAAGCCUACCUGCCCCGCCUCAUCGAUGCUGCCAGCCAGAAGGUAUCAUCCAAGCUUGGCUUUCAGCCCGAAACCUCCACUGUUACCCAUAGACUGUCCAAGAAGGCGUCACUCCUGGAUACCCUCAAUAGCAACAGCAACGCACUCAAGGUGAGCCAUAUUGAUCAUAGGGCAGCUGGCCUGGCUUCCAUCGAUAUCACUCCAAUGAUCCGCGCUCGCCAGAUAGCCUGGGUGCCAUCUGAAGAGUGGCAGAAAGGCUGGGACGAUAACGAUGAUGGCCCAGUCAUGAUGAAGCAGCCUCCACCUGACUUUUGA